AUGUCCCGCAUCCUUCUCCAGAAUGCGACCAUCCUGGUACCCUCGAGCGAAGCGGAUGACCAUGUCAUACCUCUACGGAAUCACUCAUUGCUGAUCGAAAACAACAAAAUUGCCCAGAUUUCGCCUCAGAUCACCCCUCCAGUUGGGGCCGAAGUGAUUGACUGCACAGACAAGAUCGUCUCGCCUGGCUUCAUUGAUACGCAUCAUCAUAUGUGGCAGACACAGUUGAAGGGGCGACAUGCCAAUCAUUCUCUACUAGAAUACUUUCCUAAUGGCAAUAUGCAAUCUGUUAACUAUACCCCGGAAGACGUUUUCUGGGGUGUACUUGGAGCAUGUCUUGAAGCCCUGGACGCGGGCACCACAACUGUUGUGGACCAUGCUCACAUGAAUGUUACGCCAGCUCACUCCUCAAAUGAUAUCGAGGCGACUGUCGCAUCUGGUAUUCGAUCCAUUUUUUGCUACUCACCUACCUUACGAGUCAAGUCAUGGAAACCCGAGAUCACCUAUGCUGGCGGCAUAUUGGAUGACUGGGUUGUCGAGACGUUCAAGAAGAUUGGUUCUGCAGCCCCCUUUGGUGAUGGUCGAGUGCAGCUUGGGCUGGCAUUUGAUGGGUUCAUGCUACCAAAGGAGCAAGUCAUCUCACUCUAUGACCACGCGCGCAAGAUGGGGGUGAAGGUGAUUACAAUGCACUACGUGCGUUGCUAUUUCAGCGACAACUCGCUUGUCGACAAACUCGAGGAGUACAACCUUCUUAAAUCGGACAUCCUUCUAUCACACGCCAGCAACCUUACGACAAGCGAUAUCGAAAAGCUGAACCAGGCCAAGGCGUGGAUCUCUACGACUCCAAAUACCGAGCUCCAGAUGGGACACGGUGAUGUUGUUUGUUUCAAAGGAGGCUGCUUUGAUAUCAGCUCCUUAGGAAUUGACUGUCAUAGCAAUAACUCUGGUGACAUGGUUUCGCAGAUGCGUCUUGCCCUCCAGCAUGAAAGGUCGAAGCGCAAUGAGAAGCUCAUUGCUCAAGGAAAACGUGCCUUAUCGCUGGAUUUGCUUGUGCAAGACGUUUUCCGGCUGGGCACUAUUCAGGGAGCGCGGGCCAUUCACAUGGAAGAUAAAUUAGGAUCUAUCGCAGUUGGAAAGCUCGCAGAUCUUGUCAUCUUUGAUAGCAACAGCCCUGGAAUGAUCUGUGCGUCCGAACAAGAUCCCGUUGCCGCUGUUGUCCUACACUCCUCGGUCCGCGACAUCGAUACAGUAAUCGUCGAUGGACGCAUCCGCAAGCGAAGUGGAAAGCUGCUUUCAGUAGAAAUUAAUCCCUCACAUCCAGACGUCAAUAUCCCACAGCAGAGAGCUGAGUGGAGCCAGGUUGCAAAAGAGUUGAUCUUGAGUCGUCAAAGAAUCGAAGAUGCCAUAAAAGAUGCGAAGGCCGACGAUCCCGAAUUCUUGGUGCAGGGAUUUAUGAAGGUGAUGCGUCUUGACGAGAACAAAUUUAUCAAACUAUGA